UUAAUCACUUGUCCGCCUCUGCAAUUUCCUGCCUGCCACGUUUGAAAGCUGUGUCGACUGUUAGAAUCAACACCCUCAAAGUUUGCAGUUUAUUCCACAUCCUGUUCUGAGACAUGGCUAAUCGUGAAGUUUCUGGAAUGGAGAAUAUUAUAAUAACAAAUAAGAUGAAACUCAUUGACUGGCUUCGAGUGGAUCCAAUGUACAUUCUUCAACAUCUGCAUUGUAAAGCAUUAUCAAAGACAGGGAGUAUCAAAGCCUUAUGAGUGUCCCAGAGCCGGAGAAUAAAGUCAUCAAACUGCUCGAUAAGAUCAUUGGCAAAAAGGAAAUGACAUGUUGCCAGUUCCUUGAUACUCUCAAAGAACAUGAUGUGAAUGAAACAUAUCCGCAACUUCAGCAGUGGAUAAACCACCUUAGACUUACCAGCUCAACAGGAUAAACUACCUCAAGAUUGGGCUGCCAUGCCAGCCACCUCCCCUGUCCAACUCUACUCCAUCCAUCCAGGAAGCCCAGAGUAUGAUGAAGUCCAAGGCCUGUUCCGGAAUACUUGUCCAGACAAGGAAAUUAAAAAAAUUGAAAGGGUCCAGAACCCAAACUUGUGGAAAAGCUUCGAGAUCAAGAAAAAAGACAUCAGUGACAGGAAUGAUCGCUUUCUGAAUGAGAGACGUCUUUUCCACGGAACCAGUCACACAAACGUAGGUCACAUCAACGACCACGGGUUCAAUCGGAGCUACGCUGGAAAAAAUGAUGCAGAGUUUGGAAAUGGCACCUACUUUGCAGUCAAUGCCAGCUACUCUGCUGCUGAUGAAUUCUCCAAGCCGGAUGGCGAAGGGAGGAAGUUGAUGUAUUUGUGUCGUGUUCUGACUGGACACUUCACAAAGGGAGAACGAGGGAUGAUAGAACCUCCAUUUAGAGGCGGUUCAGAGAUUCGGCGCUACGAUAGUACGACAAACGACACAAAUAAUCCAACAGAGUUCGUAGUCUUCCGCGACUGUCAGGCAUAUCCAGAGUACCUGAUCACUUUCUUAAGGGGCUAGAGCAACUGUUAUAACUCAAAACCACUCUAAUUUUGAGAACAGCAAAAAUAGCCAAAAGAAGUGACAGUUAGUAUGUUGAAAGUAUUGUACCAACGCCUUGAUUUUCUAGAUUUAAAUCUGUUAUUUCCAUUGUCAUAAUAUAAUUAUUGAUUUACUGUAUGUCCUAUAAUCUAACAGAUUGCAUCUUUUAAACAGCAAUCUUAUUCAAAUAUCUUCAAAGGGACCAUUUUUAGCAGUGCACAUAUUAGGGUCGGCUGUUGGGAUUUUAUUUUUAUACAAUGGUUCUAACAUGGUAGCUUUUGCUAAAGCUCAACUAACAUAUCUUUGUUUACCAGUGUUUUUUCUAUGACACAUAUUAGUCAUUCCAUUAAAUAUCCUAGAUUAGAGGACAUUUUUGUAAAACCAUCAUUUUAUAUGACUCAUAUUUCCAUUAAAUAUAAAAGAUGUGUAAUUAA